UGUGAACACAUGUAUGCAAGAGCUUACAAGUUAGAAGUAAUAGUAAUAAUAUUCUAAGCUAAACUACAUCUCUUUUGAGUUAUGGCUUUUGGAGAUGAAAAAGGAGUGGUUAAGGGAAACAAGAAGGUGUUGUUGAAGAAGUAUGUGAAUGGGUUUGUGCAAGAGAGUGAUAUGGAGGUUGUCACUGAUGAAACUAUCCUUCUUGAACUUCCUCAUGAAGGAUCUAAGGAUACUGUUCUAGUUAAGAACCUCUAUCUUUCUUGUGAUCCUUUCAUGAGAGCUCUAAUGUCCAAGAUGAGCGAGUCUCACUACAUUGAAGCUUUUGUGCCUGGCAAUGUUAUCAAAGGUUUUGGAGUGAGUAGAGUAUUGGAAUCUGGUCAUCCUGAUUUCAAAGAAGGGGAGUAUGUAUGGGGGAUAACUGGAUGGGAAGAGUAUAGUCUCAUCACUGACACUGAGAAAAUUUUCAAGAUCCCAUUCACUGAUGUUCCUCUUUCUUAUUACACUGGCCUCCUUGGUAUGACAGGAUUCACAGCAUAUGUAGGAUUCAAUGAGAUAUGUUCUCCAAAGAAAGGAGAGUAUGUAUUCAUAUCAGCAGCAUCAGGAGCUGUUGGGCAGCUUGUGGGACAAUUGGCCAAACUCAUGGGAUGCUAUGUUGUUGGUACUGCUGGUUCUGAUGAGAAGGUUGAGCUUUUGAAAACCAAGUUUGGUUUUGAUGAUGCUUUUAACUACAAGAAGGAGAAGAGCUUGAGAGCCGCAUUAAGGAGAUGCUUUCCUAAAGGUAUAGAUAUAUAUUUCGAGAACGUCGGUGGUGCAAUGCUUGAUGCUGUUCUUUUGAACAUGAGGGACAAAGGCAGGAUAUCAGCAUGUGGAAUGAUUUCACAGUAUAAUUUGGAGAAGCUGGAAGGAGUGCAUUUCUUGGUGAGAGUGAUCACCAAACAACUCACAAUGAAAGGAUUCAAUGUUGCUGACUAUUUUGAUCUUUAUCCCAAGUUUCUGGAGCUGAUUAUACCUUACAUUAAGAAUGGAGAAAUCACAUACUUAGAAGACAAGGCUGAAGGCAUUGAGAAUGCUCCUUCUGCUCUUGUUGGACUUUUUACUGGAAAAAAUAUCGGGAAACAAUUGGUUGUUGUUGCUGAAGAGUGAACAUGAAUCUGAAUUUCUUGUUUUAUAUUGUUUCCUUUCCUCUGCUGAGAAUGCAAUUUGUUUCAAAUUCAUAAUAAUCAAAGUCACUCUGUUUUAUCCGUGAA